AUGGCGGCAGCCGCAACCUACAAGGACCGGCAAUUCCUCGCUGUUAUUGGCGAUGAAGACUCCGUUACCGGUCUCCUGCUCGCUGGCAUUGGACAUGUAACCGAUGGCCCAGACUCCCAGCGAAACUUCCUUGUUGUCGACGGCAAGACCGAGACCUCGGAAAUCGAGAAGACGUUUCAGAGCUUCACCCAGGAGCGCAAGGAUAUUGCCAUUGUCCUAAUCAACCAACAUAUUGCGGAGCGCAUUCGCCACACGGUAGACACAUUCGCGGACCCAUUCCCCGCCAUCCUCGAGAUCCCCAGCAAAGACCACCCUUACGAUCCGGAGAAGGAUAGUGUGCUGAAGCGUGUGCGCCGGCUCUUUGGCGAGUAG